AAUCAUAAAAGAGCAGGUGCCUCCAGACACAUCAAGAUUCCAGCUUCAGAACAGACUGAAAACAUGAACAUGAACAAGAAGAUACUCAGGGCGGCUGUGAUUCUUAUUCUGUCAGGUAUGUGUUUGGGUCAGGGUAUCUUACCUUCAGAACCUUUCAAUGGAACUAUUGGAGGCACCAUACAGUUUACCACCACACUUGACCCUCCUGAGAAGCCUUUCCUCACCAUCAGCUGGAGGUUCAAGAGUGUGGCCAUCAUCACAUCGGCAACUAGCGACACUAUAGCUCCAGAAUAUACCAACAGGAUCUCAUUAGACCGACAGACAGGGUCCCUGGAGCUCAGGAACCUGGUGCUGCAGGACAGCGGUGACUACACUGUCACAAUCGUAGUGGACUCAGGGCAGCUGAAACAAGAAGAAACCACACUGAAUGUAUACGCACCGAUAACCGGAGCCAGAAUCCACAGCCCUGCAGCCAUUCUGAUAGAAGGCAAAAGUUCCACCAACCUCACAUGUGAUGCCUCAAGUACCAUCAGCACCAGAGAGUGGAUGAAGGAUGGACAGCCUCUCCAUCCCAGCGACAGAGUGAGCUUCUCUGGGGACCAAAGAACAGUGUUCAUACAACCGGUCCACAGCACCCACCACGGCACCUACCAGUGUCGAGUCAGCAACCCGGUCAGCACCAUGACAGCCACCUACAAUCUCACUGUCAACUUUGGACCGCAUAACAUAUCAAUUAAUGGCCCUUCAACAGCUCUGACUGGCCACAGAGUGGCGCUGCAGUGCAUAGCAGCCUCGGUCCCACCUGCAAAUUUCAGCUGGAUGUUUAACGGCAAUGACACUCAAGUCAAUGCCUCCUUGUAUGUCAUAGAGUCGAUGACGACUGAAAACACCGGGGAUUACACCUGCACCGCCAAAAAAUUCAUCACUCAGCUGGAAAACUCCACUGUCAUGAAUCUGAGAGCCUCUUCUGCUGCCCCUUGCUGGUCGAUUUCACUGCUGGUAAUCAGUUUGCUGAGUAGAGGGUUAAUGGAAUUGGACAAGUGACAAACUAAUGUGAUUGCUGGUGAUUCAUACUCCAUUUAUUAAUAUUGUUUAAAUGCCAAAUGUCUAAAUUACUUGUAUUGUUUUUAAAUUCUUCCCCAUGUGACACAUUUUGUUUAUGAUAGAGUAAAUAAAUUGUUUGAAUG